UGUAAUCAGCUCUCCAAGCUUCUGAUUGGUCGAUUUGGAUCGUUGACGACAAGCCGAGUUUGUGCGAAGACCAUCAUCAUCUUGAUACACCAUAGUGUGGCCACUCACGUCAAACUUCCAAUCGUGCAUUUCUGAACGAAUAAAUAUCUACUACAUUGUCAUUGGUUCUUCUCUGCACGUCACUUCUCAUUUUCUCAUCUAUCUGCCUAGUAUUUGACCAUACGUUAUGUACCUCUCAAAAGCUUAUCCUACGUAUACAUAUGUAGGCAUGCUCACUAUCAGUCAACAUUCAACAUUGAAUACACUGAAUAUGGAUCAGCUUAAUAGGAUCAACGCAGUGUCGAAGAUGCAAUUCAAUUUAUUCCAGAUACUUCCCCUACAAAUACAGCCCACUACGUGCUGUCCACCUUCUCAUCACCAACCCCUCCGCCACCCAUCACACACAGAUACAUCACGAACCUCUAUCCAGAAGUUUAGCACAAACAAGAUGGCAGACAAAACAAAAUCCAACGGGCCGAUCCUGUCGUCCGACGGGAAGCGCAUGCGCCUGGUAUGGCACCCCAAGGACGGCAACGGCGAGUCCGCCCAGCACCUGAUCGACCGAUCAAUGUCUACACUGAAAGGCCAUCCAAGCUGGAAGCUCUACAUGGAGGAUAUCAAGCUUCCCAUCGACCGCGACAACGACGACGCGCCUCCUCGCUACGUUUACCUCGACGACAAAGCAUGCUACACAAUCUGGGCAUCCAAAGUGUACUUGCCGCACGAGCUCAAGGAGUUCUGGCCCUUCGACUUCAACUUCAAUGGCAUUGUCCGCUCGGGCCGCAUGAACCGUGGACGCCCGGCCUGGAAGGACGAAGCGCAAAAGGAGUACGCGAAAGCGCCUACACGUGGGAAGGGCAAUACAUACGAAUUCGUCGGUGACCUCGAGGUUACUCCCUACGAACCCCUUCGAGCAACGCGGCAAGUAUCCAAGACAGAGCAGCGUCUUGCUAAGGAGCGCGCCGAGAAAGGCGAAGGCGACGCCAACAACGAAAACCCCUCGACCCCAGAUACUGGCCGCCGCCCGCCCGUCAAAGUAGGCAAAUCCGUCCAGCGAGUCCUUGCUUCGCAGAUCAACAAGCCCGGUCCAAACCUCCCCGUGACAGACGAGAAGGAUCUCUACCCUCGCCGCGCCAACCUCGAUCACUCCAAACACAUGCAGUGGCAGACUCCCAAGCGUGCGCUCCCCGAGUCUUCCUUGCAGCUGGGCAUCAAGCCGCUCCCACUCCCUGCGCGUCCCGACGAUGAUCCCACGUUCCAGACCAAAUCACACUCGCGCACUGAGAUCACGGGGGGUAUCAAUCUCAAGCGCAAACUUACUGGCAGUCCUGUGACGGGCGAUCGCCAGCAAGGAUCGCCAGUGAAGAAGGCUCGUUCUGCCAAGUUCGCGGGUAGCAAUGGUGUGGGGGAUUUGUCUUCUCCUUCCCGCAAGAGACGACAGCCUGAUGAGUGA